AUGCCUGCCUCGACGAUUCCAACGCCGGCCGGGGCAGACGGCGCGGCUGAAUGGCAAGGACAAGGGCAAGGGCCGGCACCGCUGCCGUCCUUCUACUCGCCACGGACGGCUGCUGCCAAUGCGGCGCCCGACCAAGAGGUCCAAGACUUUUCUCUUUCCACACCACCACCCCAGUCACAGCCUCGGUCACGGCCUGAUGCAGAGACGUCACGGUCGCAGCCGGAGGCACAGUCUUCCCAACCACCCAAGAUUCCUCAGAUCCCUCUAGGCCGCCUCGCAGAGCCCGAGCUGCCCUCGCUGGUCUCGCCCGCCUUUACACCCCCUGCCCCCGGCACGCCCACUAGCACAAGCGCAGGUGCCGGCGCAGGCGCACAGAGGACCGGAGCCGGGGCUGCAGCGUCAGAGUCCGAGCCGCGUGGCGUUCCGGUGGACAGCACCGUCGACUCCGGCGGAUGUGGCUCAAAACGCCCCCGCCUGCUCGAGACCCUGCCCCACGUUGAGUGCAUUGUGCGCGCCCGCAUUCCCACGGUCAAUGGCGCGCAGAUGUUCUUGCACCUCUACACCAACGACGUGGACAACAAAGAGCACUUGGCCAUUGUCUUUGGCGAGCACAUUCGCAGCAAGAGCUUGGAUGCCCCGCGACCGGGCGAGACAGAGCGCGACCGCAUGACACGGGGUGCCUACACAGGUGUGCUGUUCCCAGGUCGGACAGAGAGCGGCAUGUCGGCCGCAGGCACGCCCACGGAGGCGGCGACCCCGGCGACCCCGGCGACCCCGACAGCCCCUCUCGUCCGCGUGCACAGCGAGUGCUACACCGGCGAGACCGUCUGGUCGGCGCGCUGUGACUGCGGUGAGCAGCUCGACGAGGCCGCCCGCCUCAUGGCGCUGCCCGCGAACAAAGCCGGCGGCAUCAUCAUCUAUCUGCGCCAGGAGGGCCGUGGCAUCGGACUGGGCGAGAAGCUCAAGGCGUACAACCUGCAGGACCUGGGGUCCGACACCGUCGAGGCCAACUUGCUGCUGCGCCACCCGGCCGACGCCCGCAGCUACGGCCUGGCCACGGCCAUGCUUGUCGACCUGGGCCAGCCAGCCAUUCGCUUGCUGACCAACAACCCCGACAAGAUCCGUGCCGUCGAAGGCCCCAACCGCGAGGUCGUCGUCAAGGAGCGCGUGCCCAUGGUGCCGCUGUCGUGGCGAGGCGAGGGCGGUUUCCGCAGCCGGGAAGUAGACGGUUAUCUCAGUACAAAGAUCCAGAAAAUGGGCCAUUUGCUCGACUCGGGCACCAUAUUAUAG